AUGGGCUCAGACGAUUUAAAAUUUUAUAUAAAUAAACAUAAAAAGGCAUAUGAAGAAAGAGUAAAAAAGGAAGAAGAAGAAAAGAAAGAAAAAGAAAAUGAAGGAAAAAUAAAUGAAGAAAAAAUAAAUGAAAAUAAAGAAAAUAAGGAAGAUGUUUCCUUGAUGAAAGCGGAGCAAGAAAUACAAAAUGAAAACCACACAGAUGAAAAUCAAGUCGAUGCGGAUUAUUUAUAUGCCUUAAAAUUAAAUGAAGCCUUAAAUGGAACGGGGGCAAAUGACAUAAACACGAAUUCAAAUAUUUUAAAUAACAAUGAUUCCUCAAGAUUUAAUGAUAUUAUGAAUGAGGAAGGAAUAAAUAUAAAUGAAGAAGAUGAAGUGAGAAAACCAGAUAAUACUUAUGUAGAAUGUCUUUUGGAUGAUAGUAAUAUGUUACCCUUAUCUGGAAAUAUGAAUAUUCCUCGCAUGAACAGAAGGAGAAAUAAUAUGAAUAGAAUGAAUAAUAUGAAUAGCAUAAAUAAUAUGAAUAGUAUAAAUAAUAUGAAUAACAUAAAUAAUAUGAACAAUAUGAAUAACAUAAAUAAUAUUAGCAAUAUAAAUAAUGUCUACCAUUUGAACAGCACUAAUUAUGUAGACAGUCUAAACUUUCAUUAUUCUGAUGAACACAAUAAUAUUGUUAUAAACUCAAUAAAUAAAGAGGAUGAUUAUAAUAAUAAUGUAAAUAUAUAUAACGAAUCAUAUGUUGAUAAUAAUAGAAUAUCAUAUACCAUUGACGAAAAUGAAACAAACAACGUAAAUAUAGAACAUAAUCAAAAUGGUUAUAACACAAAUAAUUAUAAUAUGAAUUAUAAUGAAAAUAAAAAAGAGAUAAGAAAUCUUACAAAGGGUCAUAAAAAAAAAAAUGAUAAUGUUAUAACUAUAGAAGAAAACAAUCAAAGGGUAAAUAAUUCUGACAAGACAAGAGAAUAUUUAAAUGAUAAUAUUCAGAGUGGUCAGUUUUUUGACUAUCAAUAUAAUAAUAAUAAUAAUAAUUAUAUGUCGAUAAAACAUAGUGGGAACUAUAAAAAAGAAAAUGAUAUAACAUUAAUUGAUGAUAAUAUAAAUAAAGAAAUAAAAAAAUAUUUUGAAAAAAAUUAUUUUGAUAAAAAUUAUUUCGAUAUUGAUGAGUAUUGUAAUUUAAAUAAUGCUUAUAAAAAGAAAUCUAAAAGUGUUAAGAAAAAUGUCGAUGUAGACAUAUCAUCCUCUGACACAAAUAAUAUAAAAAGAAAAAAUAAAAUCCAAGAUACUGAUGAAAAUAAAGACGACCAAAAAAAGGAUUUAUUUAAUAAAAGCGAUGAUAUGGAAUAUAUAUUAAUAGAUGAUAAUAAGGAGGUGCAAAUUGUAAAUACAAAAAAUGAGAAGAAAUAUAUAAAUGAAAAUAACAUAAAGGAUGAUCAUUGCGAAAAAAAAAACAAAAAAACAAAUAAUACUAAUAAUAAUAAUAAUAAUAAUAUUUAUGAUGAUAAUUCCUUGUUGAGGAAGACAAAGAAAAGUAAAAGUAAAAACAAACUAGUGUAUAGUAACAUGUAUGUAGAUAUAAAUAGUAAGGAUGAUCAUUUUAAUAGACCGGACAUAAAAUCUUCAGAGAAGGAUAUGAUUAGAAAUAAUAACAUAUAUUCAAAGAGUUCUUCAGGUGAUUCAUAUCCAUAUGGAGAUAUUUCACCUGUACACAUUAAUGGAAAUGAAAAAAAAAAAAAAAAAACAAACAAACAAAAUGAUGAUAAUGAUAUGAAUGAAGAAAUGAAUAUGAUUAUGAUUGAUGGAAAGGAAGAGAAUCCAAACAAAAAUAAAAUAUAUAAUGAUAACAAUAAUAAUAAUGAUAACAAUAAUAAUAAUGAUAACAAUAAUAUUGAUAAUAUUGAAGAAACAAAUCCUUCUUCGAAAUUUUUUUUGUAUAAUUCAAAAGAUAAGAAUCACAUAAAUUAUAAUAAUAUAAAUACAUCUGAAUAUAAUUUUACCACGCAUAAUAAAUUUUUAUCACAUACAAACAAUAUUAUGACAAGUCAUAAUAUAAAAGCUCAAAUUAAUAACAAUAAUAAUAGUAAUAAUUUUUUUUAUUCUAGUGAGAGUUUUUUUAAAAAGAUGAAAAGCCCAUCAAUUAAAGAAUUCAAUAGAAACCUGGAGUUCUCAUCGAAUCAUUCAAAAUCUGGACAAGAAAAUAAUAACUUAGGAGAUAGAAAUUUUAUGAAUAAUGUCUAUAAGGAAAAUAAUAAUAUUAGAUGUUAUCAAAAUAAAGGAAGCAUGACACGUGAAAUGUGUAAUAAUAAUAUUAUUUCAAAUAAUAAUUUUUAUUAUGAAUCAUAUGGAAACAGAGGAAGUAUAAAUAAUAUGAAAAAUGUGAGUAAUAUGAGUAAUAUGAGUAAUAUGAGUAAUAUGAGUAAUAUACAUAAUAUACAUAAUAUACAUAAUAUACAUAAUAUAAAUAAUAUAAAUAAUAUAAAUAAUAACAACAUAAUUUAUAAUAACAAUCAGCAUCAUUUUAACCAUGAGAAUAAUAUUCAUUAUAAUCAUCACAUUCAUAAUAAUGAUGCUAGAGGCAACAGAAGCCCCUUUCAAAAUAAUAUUUCAGAAGAGAAAGAUACAAAUAAUACAGCUCUUCAUAACUCUUUAAACGUAAAAAGAAUUAUAAAAGAUUAUUAUAGCAUGCAUAAUAGAAAUUAUGAAGGAGAAAAUAUAUUUGAAAAUAUGUCUAAUAGGAGCAUGAAUAAUAACAAUCAGGAUAUAACGGACACUCUUGAUUAUGAUAGAAGAAAAAAUAACAACAAUAAUAAUAACAAUAAUAACAAUAAUAAUAAUAACAAUAAUAAUAAUAAUAAUUAUUAUUAUUAUAAUAAUUUUUGUAAUUCCUAUAAUGUGGAUAAGACAAAUAAUGAAGACAUCAUAAAUAAUAACAAUCAUAUGUAUUAUUCAAUGAAGAGUAGAUCAUCUUCUGAUUUAUUAAACAAGACACCCACACAGAAUGAAAUAAGAGAAGGGAAUUAUAAAAAAGAAAGAAUUUAUUCUGAGAAACCUUUAGAUAUUAUAAACUCAAACGAACUUGAAAGAAAAGAUAAGGACAGGGAUAUACAGUGUUAUAAUAAUGGACAUGAAGAAGAAGGAUUAAUAUCUUCAUCCUCUCCUUAUAGUUAUGAUAAUACAAAUGAAGAUGAUGUAAAUGUUCAACUAGCUAUUAUCAACAGUUUGAUUGAUAUGUAA